AUGGUGAUGGUACCUGAGAAUGCAGAUGCAGGCGGCUGUUCCUUUGAUGAGCACUACAGCAACUGUGGUUAUAGCGUGGCCCUGGGGACCAAUGGAUUUACCUGGGAGCAGAUUAACACGUGGGAGAAACCAAUGCUGGACCCAGCUGUGCCCACAGGCUCCUUCAUGAUGGUGAACAGCUCCGGGAGGGCCUCCGGCCAGAAGGCCCACCUCCUCCUGCCCACCUUGAAGGAGAAUGACACGCACUGCAUCGAUUUCCAUUACUACUUCUCCAGCCGCGACAGGUCCAGCCCGGGCGCCUUGAACGUCUAUGUGAAGGUGAACGGCGGGCCCCAGGGGAACCCCGUCUGGAACGUGUCCGGCGUCGUCACCGAGGGCUGGGUGAAGGCAGAGCUGGCCAUCAGCACCUUCUGGCCACAUUUCUACCAGGUGAUAUUUGAAUCCGUCUCUUUGAAAGGUCAUCCUGGCUACAUCGCUGUGGACGAGGUCCGGGUCCUCGCGCAUCCAUGCAACUGGGUGAUAUUUGAAUCCGUCUCUUUGAAAGGUCAUCCUGGCUACAUCGCUGUGGACGAGGUCCGGGUCCUCGCGCAUCCAUGCAGAAAAGCACCUCACUUUCUGCGGCUCCAAAAUGUCGAGGUGAACGUGGGUCAGAAUGCCACAUUCCAGUGCAUUGCUGGCGGGAAGUGGUCUCAGCAUGACAAACUUUGGCUCCAGCAAUGGAACGGCAGGGACACAGCCCUCAUGGUCACCCGCGUGGUCAACCACAGGCGCUUCUCGGCCACGGUCAGUGUGGCGGACACUGCCCAGCGGAGUGUGAGCAAAUACCGCUGCGUGAUCCGCUCCGACGGUGGCUCUGGCGUGUCCAACUACGCUGAGCUGAUCGUGAAAGAGCCUCCCACACCUAUUGCCCCCCCAGAGCUGCUGGCUGUGGGGGCCACGUACCUAUGGAUCAAGCCGAACGCCAACUCCAUCAUCGGGGACGGCCCCAUCAUCCUGAAGGAGGUGGAGUACCGCACCACCACGGGCACCUGGGCCGAGACCCACAUCGUGGACUCACCCAACUAUAAGCUGUGGCACCUGGACCCGGAUGUGGAGUAUGAGAUCCGGGUUCUACUCACAAGACCAGGAGAGGGGGGCACAGGGCCCCCGGGGCCUCCGCUCACCACCAGGACCAAGUGUGCAGAGCCUCCCACACCUAUUGCCCCCCCAGAGCUGCUGGCUGUGGGGGCCACGUACCUAUGGAUCAAGCCGAACGCCAACUCCAUCAUCGGGGACGGCCCCAUCAUCCUGAAGGAGGUGGAGUACCGCACCACCACGGGCACCUGGGCCGAGACCCACAUCGUGGACUCACCCAACUAUAAGCUGUGGCACCUGGACCCGGAUGUGGAGUAUGAGAUCCGGGUUCUACUCACAAGACCAGGAGAGGGGGGCACAGGGCCCCCGGGGCCUCCGCUCACCACCAGGACCAAGUGUGCAGACCCAGUGCACGGCCCGCAGAACGUGGAGAUUGUGGACAUCCGGGCCCGGCAGCUGACCCUGCAGUGGGAGCCCUUUGGCUAUGCGGUGACCCGCUGCCACAGCUACAACCUCACGGUGCAGUACCAGUACGUGUUCAACCAGCAGCAGUACGAGGCUGAGGAGGUCAUUCAGACCUCCUCCCACUACACCUUGCGGGGUCUGCGGCCCUUCAUGACCAUCCGGCUGCGGCUCCUGCUGUCCAACCCCGAGGGCCGGAUGGAGAGCGAGGAGCUGGUGGUGCAGACAGAGGAGGACGUUCCAGGUGCUGUUCCUCUAGAGUCCAUCCAAGGGGGGCCCUUUGAGGAGAAGAUCUACAUCCAGUGGAAACCUCCCAAUGAGACCAAUGGGGUCAUCACGCUGUACGAGAUCAACUACAAGGCUGUUGGCUCCCUGGACCCGAGUGCCGACCUCUCCAGCCAGAGGGGGAAGGUGUUCAAGCUCCGGAACGAAACCCACCACCUCUUUGUGGGUCUGUACCCAGGGACCACCUACUCCUUCACCAUCAAGGCCAGCACAGCCAAGGGCUUCGGGCCCCCCGUCACCACGAGGAUCGCCACCAAAAUCUCAGCUCCAUCGAUGCCCGAGUAUGACACAGACACUCCACUCAACGAAACGGACACGACCAUCACGGUGAUGCUGAAGCCUGCUCAGUCCCGGGGAGCCCCUGUCAGUGUUUACCAGCUGGUUGUCAAGGAGGAAAGACUUCAGAAAUCACGGCGGGCAGCUGACAUCAUCGAGUGCUUUUCGGUGCCUGUGAGCUAUAGGAACGCCUCCAGCCUGGAUUCUCUGCACUACUUUGCUGCUGAGUUGAAGCCCGCCAACCUGCCUGUCACACAGCCCUUCACAGUGGGUGACAACAAGACAUACAAUGGCUACUGGAACCCUCCUCUUUCCCCUCUGAAAAGCUACAGUAUCUACUUCCAAGCACUCAGCAAAGCCAAUGGGGAGACCAAAAUCAACUGUGUUCGUCUGGCUACGAAAGCACCAAUGGGCAGCGCCCAGGUGACCCCGGGGACUCCACUCUGCCUCCUCACCACAGGUGCCUCCACCCAGAAUUCUAACACCGUGGAGCCAGAGAAGCAAGUGGACAACACCGUGAAGAUGGCUGGAGUGAUUGCUGGUCUUCUCAUGUUCAUCAUCAUUCUCUUGGGCGUGAUGCUCACCAUCAAAAGGAGAAGAAAUGCUUAUUCCUACUCCUAUUACUUGAAGCUGGCCAAGAAGCAGAAGGAGACACAGAGCGGAGCCCAGAGGGAGAUGGGGCCUGUGGCCUCGACCGACAAACCCACCACCAAGCUCAGCACCAGCCGCAAUGAUGAAGGCUUCUCCUCCAGCUCUCAGGAUGUUAACGGAUUCACAGAUGGCAGCCGCGGAGAGCUGUCCCAGCCCACCCUCACCAUCCAGACCCACCCCUACCGGGCCUGCGACCCCAUGGAGAUGAGCUAUCCCCGGGACCAGUUCCAGCCGGCCAUCCGCGUGGCUGAUCUGCUGCAGCACAUCACCCAGAUGAAGAGAGGCCAGGGCUACGGGUUCAAGGAGGAAUACGAGGCCUUACCAGAGGGGCAGACUGCUUCAUGGGACACAGCCAAGGAGGAUGAAAAUCGCAAUAAGAACCGAUAUGGAAACAUCAUUUCCUAUGACCAUUCCCGAGUGAGGCUGCUGGUGCUGGAUGGAGACCCACACUCCGACUACAUCAACGCCAACUACAUUGAUGUGAGUCCGAUGCAGGAGACUGUAAAGGACUUCUGGAGAAUGAUCUGGCAGGAGAACUCGGCCAGCAUCGUCAUGGUCACGAACCUCGUGGAAGUGGGCAGGCACCCAGCGGAACACACUGUGGGAAAUGCCACUCUAGGCCGUGCGGCGUCCCCCGGAAUGGUGAAGUGUGUGCGAUACUGGCCGGAUGACACGGAGGUCUACGGCGACAUUAAAGUCACCCUGAUUGAAACAGAGCCCCUGGCAGAAUACGUCAUACGCACCUUCACGGUCCAGAAGAAAGGCUACCACGAGAUCCGGGAGCUCCGCCUCUUCCACUUCACCAGCUGGCCCGACCACGGCGUCCCCUGCUAUGCCACUGGCCUCCUGGGCUUUGUCCGCCAAGUCAAGUUCCUCAACCCCCCGGAAGCCGGGCCCAUCGUGGUUCACUGCAGCGCCGGGGCCGGGAGGACCGGCUGCUUCAUCGCCAUCGACACCAUGCUCGACAUGGCCGAGAACGAAGGGGUGGUGGACAUCUUCAACUGUGUGCGGGAGCUCCGAGCCCAGAGGGUCAACCUUGUGCAGACGGAGGAGCAAUACGUGUUUGUGCAUGACGCCAUCCUGGAAGCGUGCCUCUGCGGCAACACCGCCAUCCCCGUGUGCGAGUUCCGCUCCCUCUACUACAACAUCAGCAGGCUGGACCCCCAGACCAACUCCAGCCAAAUCAAAGACGAAUUUCAGACCCUCAACAUCGUGACGCCCCACGUCCGGCCCGAGGACUGCAGCAUCGGGCUCCUGCCUCGGAACCAUGAUAAGAACCGGAGCAUGGAUGUCCUGCCUCUGGACCGCUGCCUGCCCUUCCUCAUCUCGGUGGACGGAGAAUCCAGCAACUACAUCAACGCGGCGCUGAUGGACAGCCACAAGCAGCCCGCGGCCUUCGUGGUCACGCAGCACCCUCUACCCAACACCGUGGCGGACUUCUGGAGGCUGGUGUUCGACUAUAACUGCUCCUCCGUGGUGAUGCUGAAUGAGAUGGACACCGCCCAGCUCUGUAUGCAGUACUGGCCUGAGAAGACCUCCGGGUGCUACGGGCCCAUCCAAGUGGAGUUCGUCUCCGCAGACAUCGACGAGGACAUCAUCCACAGAAUAUUCCGCAUCUGCAACAUGGCUCGGCCUCAGGAUGGGUAUCGUAUAGUCCAGCACCUCCAGUACAUUGGCUGGCCCGCCUACCGGGACACGCCCCCCUCUAAGCGCUCUCUGCUCAAAGUGGUCCGGCGGCUGGAGAAGUGGCAGGAGCAGUACGACGGGCGGGAGGGACGCACCGUGGUCCACUGCCUAAAUGGGGGAGGCCGCAGCGGGACCUUCUGUGCCAUCUGCAGCGUGUGUGAGAUGAUCCAGCAGCAGAACAUCAUUGACGUGUUCCACAUCGUGAAAACGCUGAGGAACAACAAGUCCAACAUGGUGGAGACCCUGGAACAGUAUAAAUUCGUAUACGAGGUGGCAUUGGAAUAUUUAAGCUCCUUUUAGCCUGAUGGGAUGGGGAGCCUGCCGGAGUCCAGAGGCUGCUGCAGUCAAACCCCCUUUUCUGUGAAUGGCAGUGACGGGUGAAGAGGCGGCACCUGGCCCAACUCCAAGGAGAAGACUGGUGGUCUCAUGCCUGGGGUGGGCCCUGCACCUUCUGAGGGGCUCCUGGAACUGGGAGAUAGGCUCUGAAAGGCCCAGGCUUCUCCUGCACCCCCACCGGCCACAGAUUCGGACCCACAACAAGGCCCCGGACUUCCCAGUUCCCCGACCUCUUGCUUCUGCGCUUUCCAAGUGUGUGGACCUCAUGGCAAGCCAGCUGGGGGUGCUGGGAGAUGCAGGCUCGCUGUACCUCCGGGGCCUGCUUCUCCUUGGGAGUGAGGAGAUGUGUCUCCGCCUCCACGCUGUGGGGGCAGUGACUUGGCUCUUGGGGUCCCUGCCAUGCUGCCCUCUGCAGUCUCCUUCAGUGACCUGGGGCUGUCCCGAGACCACAGCAGAGGCCCCAUCCUGCCCCCCUGCCUGCAUGGAGCUAGCCCUCCAGCAUUCUGUACCCUCCCCAGCCCGGGCCUUGACCCUCUGUCACUCACGCCAGCCUGCUGGGUCCACAGCACUCUUGGAUAAAGGUUUUCUUUGCUUUUUUGUCCUCGGUGGGAGGGGGUGGAACUGCAGGGAUGGUGGCUGCUCCUCCUUGUCUGUGAAAAGGGACAACUGCCCGGAGGCAGGGCUCGUGCUGACCCUUGGGUGGCGCCCCCUUUGGGAGAGAUGACAGGAUAAGAUUUGAUUAUUUUCCAAAGCAUAUAUUAAAAGAAACUUUCUUUUGGGUGAUGUAAAAUCUAAGUCUCUUAUGUGAAAAAAAAAAAGGGAGCGGGGCUGGGAAGGAAGUUUGGGUGUGUAGCUACAGGACCAAUCUCUCAGGCCUGUCAUCAGGCAACAUCCUUAAAGGGUCCCACCUGGGACGGCCCAGCCACUGACGAGGCAGAGUCGGCUAGACGGAGGCCGCUCCUCUGGCUUCUGGGCAGCUGAGUCCCAGCUUUCAGCAUAAUCUUCCUAGGAAACCCCGCUGCUCUCCUGACAAAGGCCACUGUGGACCAGUUAUGCUUUGGUUUAAAAUGGGCCGAGGGGAUCAGGCCUGGGAAACUAGGGUCCUGCCCAAGGAUGUGUGAGUCAGUGACAGGGAGCCGGCAUCUGCUAGGCAUCUCCUGUGUGUCAGGGUGAACCACUCCGUGUGCCAUCCCACAAUCUUAGGGACACCCCUGCCCCGGGGAGAGCGCGUGCCCUUUCGUUAUCUCCAUGUUACGUGAGGAAGCCGAGGCAUCUUCCUCAGCGGUGAAAUUCUGGGCUCCAAAAAGGCGAAUAAUGGCGAUAACACUUAUUUUCCAUACUUUCUUCAUCCUUUCUCAGCCAAGCAAUUAUUUUAUGGAGGGAAAAUAGGGCCAGAAACUUCUGGGCAGAGAACUUCACAAAUAGAAAUUUAAUUCUUUCUUUCUGGUGCCAGUUCUUCUGGGAGGCCCAGAAUUUCAGCUCUAUUUUAGUGCCUCGUUCCUGGCUCCCCAGGAAAAGCUAGUCUCCUGUAAUCAUUCCUUCGCCAGUGAAAACCAUUCCCUGUUCCCUCGGGCAAUGCUGUCUGCCGCCAGAGACUCCCUACCUUGUCUCUCGCAGGGGCGUGGGCUCAGGACCUGUCAGCCUUGGGGUUGCCUGGGAUGGAGGAAGCUGCAUCGUGGAGGCUGCUCUAGCCCCAGACAGGAGGAAUCAGCAGCUCCGAGUGCACUGGGGAAACUGAACCACGGUGCAGCGCAGGAGCCACGGAGCAGGGAGCCUGUCUAGGGCUUCCUAGAGGAGGUGACUCCCACCCCAGUUGGGUCUCCACUGCAGGAAAUCCAGGCCAAGAUCAGCAUGGGCAAUGGCAAAGAGGUGUGGGAAGUUCUGGGGUGGGGGCAGUAUAGGGGGAAGGGCAGCCCACCCAGAGGUCAGGAGAGGAGCCAGGGUCGGGGGUGAAUGCUCCGCCAACAGUGCAGCUUCACCUCAUGGGCCACAGGGAGCUCGGGGUGACGCGCUCAGCUCAGUGUUGGGGCAGGCGGCCUCUUCCCCUUCAUCAGACACUGUGAAAACACUCCCUUCAGCGUGUGCUCUUUACUAUCACAUCUGUUUGUCCGCUCAUUAUUUUGUCGCUGGAACAAAAUACGCAGGGGAUUGUGAGCUUCUGCUUCUGUGAGAAACAGGGUCUCUGCUCUACCAGGGGGCAGGGUGACCCAGCCAGAGCCCACAGAUGCUGCUCCCAGUGGCACGGGCUCGGGAGCUGUCUAGAAGUCCGGGGACUUGAUCAAGGAAGGGCUGUCACUUUGGAGGUUCAAAAAGAAACCUCUCAAAGCAAAGGAAGAAAAAGGAGCCCCAGGAAGAACUCACUCUUCUCCUUUCAUGGGCCCUUCCCCGUGAGCUCGAGCGGGUCCCCGGGCCCCAGCCCCCACUGGUUCUGCUGGCCUCGCCUGGCUCCAGUCCACGGCUCCAGCCGGCGCUCCCCCAGCCUUCAAAGAGCCUACAGCCUAGCAAAUCACCCUGUUAUAUGCUCCUUUCUCAGAUCUCGGCUCAUCCAUACAGAAUGAGGGGACUGAGGCUACUAACACAAAUCCUGAGAUUUAUUCUGCUCAGGAAGGGGUAAAACAGCUGGCAGAUAAAAAAUGGCAGUGGCUUCUAUCCUUUCAAAUGGUAGGGAUUUAAAAUGUGACUUCAGGCAGAAGGAAAACUGUAAAAACUCAGGCCACAGUGGGAUAACCAAGGGCCAGUGAUGGUUGCCGCCGUUCGUCCCUCAUUUCCUCACAACCCAGCCACCUCCCAAGAUAGCAGGGCAGUGAACGGGUCUUAGGCCAGUUUACAAAGAAGAAACUGAGGCUGGUGAGUGGAGGUGCCUCCCGAAGAUCCCACAUGGCCAGGGCUUGGGUGAGAUGGGGCACCGGUGCCCAAGAAGUUGAGCUUUACCAAACACCGCCUCCCCCAAGGUACCUUCCCACCCCCCACUUACAGGGGGGACUCACCUUGCUCCAUGCAGAGGAAAACUGUUUGUGGUCUCUGUGUCUCCACAAGUGGGACCAGCUUCUCAUUUCUGGAUACCAAAGGGAGUGCCCUCACUUAGCGCAGGGCCUCGUGGUUCUCACCUCCUAGCUAUGUACCCUGUUGGGAGAAGAGGAAGGUAUGAACGAGGAGCCAGGAAGCAUCCCUACCUGCAUAUGUUUACGAUGUCGGUAGCUUUGUCCAGGUGGAGUCCACACGGUUGCUAAUGCAAGCAAACCUGAGCACACACUGCACAUGAGGGCCUGGGGUCUGGAAGGCUCUUCACUUUACUUAAACCACAAUAUUUAUGGGUUCCUAUGACACACAGGACCCUCCCUGCAGGGGGUGCUACCCGGAAGCACUGUUACCAUAGUACAGUUCAUCCAUUGGUGAGGCAUGGGUUGUGAUAGAAAGAGCUCAGUCUUCGGUUUCCCAGCCCAGCUUCAAUCCCCGCCCAGCCAUUUCUCGGCUAUAGAUUGUUGGGCCAACCAGUUAAUAGGAAGAGAUGUGAAAUGAAGAGCCUCGGCCAAUAGAAGAGGUAGAUUUGGAAAGCUACAGACAGGAAAACAGGAAGGCAAGGCCAGGAAGUUGGGACCUAAAAGGAAUACUCAGAACCAAGGAUGCAUAUGGUCCACUGGGUAAGUGGUCGCUUCUAUGACACGGCAGGCCAGGGGAUGGGGAAGGACCAGCCAGAACCACCUAGAGCAAGGAUGUUGCUUUAUGUAAGUCUCGGCAUCUUAGGGCAAAGAUGAUAAUUUUCCCUCUGGCCAAUCAUGUUUAUUCACACCCGUUCCCGUUGCUGAGCUAGCUCUUGCUGUAUGCCCUCACCAGGACCCACACUUCCUCAGCUCUGGGUGAAUCUGUUGUGUGCACAGAGGUGUCAGUCUAGUAAGGCUGCUGCAGACAGCAGACGUGAAGGCCAGGGAGGAGCAGCCAGGAGGCACUGCCCAGCCCAGAUCCAGAGCCAUUAAAGGAGAUGGAUAAUUCUGCACCUCAUUGCCUUAGAACAGAACGAAGAAAGCUGCCCUCCCUUAGCCUGUAAAUGGUCACUCCUGGGCUGGACAGACAGGCCAUCAGCACCACGAUGAGGCAGAAGUAAUGCCAUGGAAAACAUGGGUGAUUCCAAGGGUUAAAUGAACAGGAUCCCAAACCAUGAUGCCAACAGAUUAUAUUGGGCCAACAGACUUAGGAACAAAUGGUCGACCCAAGCUGCAGGGCAGUUCUAAAGAUGAGACAUGAUGGCCAUUUCAUCUCAAAGCCAUGACUUGCCUGCCUCGCCAUCUAACUAGUCCUGACUUGCCUGCCAAUGAUGCCAGCUCCAAAUCACAGCUGAAUAAAACAGGGAAGCGGGCAAAGUAAGUCCAACUAGAGGAGACCAGCUGAGAUUCAGCCUUUUCCUAAUUCCCAUUCAAGGGCUCCAUGUUGGAGGUUCUCCCUGUAUCCUUAUCUAGAGGUGAUCAAAUGCAGGGCCUUGGCCUCACCUCCCAGAGACCUGCCUUUGAGGUCACACACUGUCUGAACAACAGGGAGAGAAGUCAGUGGCAGAGAAUGGAGGGGCUCUAGUCUCCUCUGGCACACAUUUCAGAGUCAGGGACAUGAUCCUGAGAAGCACAGCAGAGAUGUCUAAGUCAUAUUUGCUCAUAUGAGCAGAUUCUCUUCUGGCUCAUUAAUAACCAGAGAUAGACUUCUGCAUGGCAUUGGCUGGCUAUACAACUGUCUUAUAGAGACCAAGGUCACCUCUGUGUCACUCCUACCUACCCUGAAGAGGCAGGAAAAGGUCAUCAGAGGGGCCACAUUCACCCUCUGAAAGCCACCCAUGAAUGUUAGGUCCCCAAGAUGAGCAGUCAGCACACCCACAAUGUUAGACCCCAGGCCUGGCAUCCUAGUUAUCUAAGAGGUUGGGGAUACCCAUUGGAGCUGAUACAAGGGAUGUGGGAGGACUCAGGAUGGCAGAGGGUCCAUAGGGAAGAGCUACUGGAACAUCCUUCUGGAUCUGGGAGUUGCUUUGGGUGGUGAGAAUUGAACCCUGAUCCCUGGUUGGAAUGUUCAGAGAAUGAGGGUCUGGGGACCUUAGAGUGUUGAACAGAAAGGUAUUGGUAUGAAAGUCUGGAGCUCAGUGUAAUUAAUGUAACUUAUGGAUCACUGAUGAGUUAGAUCCUUAGAUUUGGGGGGAGGAAGGGGGAUGUGAUGUAACCUGCUACAAUUGCAAAACUGAAAUACACGUACUUCAGCGCCUUUGAGCUUGCAAGUACAAAUCAGUGGACCUCUCAUAUGAUGGUUCAACAAACUCUCAGUGCCUACCAUGCCCGCAUCUCCCCCAUGGAAAAUUAAUGAUAUAAGAUAUUUCUUGGGUCAAAGUGCCCAAAGCUGUAUGGAGGCUUGGAGGGCAAAUUGUUUUCAUCCCAGGUCGAAUCAGUCUUCUGAAGGGUCAGGCACAAUACUAGUGCCCAUAUCCUCCACUGGUCUGUAGAUUGUUAGAAAAUUCAAGCACAGUUUGCUAGUCCCAGGUUGCUCCUGCGAGUGGAACUAGGAUCAAUGGGUGAUACUUAGUAGCUAUAAGGAACAACUUGCUGUCUGCCAGAGAGGAAAGGCUGUCCAUCUCAGCAACGGUCCAGCAGAAGCCAGGCAUCUCUUUAAAGGGAAGCAGGAACAUUGCUGUAAGGGCCUUUAAGUUGCUUCCCCUCAGGAGGGUGAGAGCUUAUGGAGCUGGGAUCAUGUUUGAACUCUUUCAUUCCUGCAGAGCACAAAGCCAAGCAGGUUGUGCUUGGUUUAUGCAGGUUGAAGAUCCCCUCUCCUACCCGAAUCUCCCCACCAUGCAGGCCCAGAUGCUGCUCUGGCACCAGAUCUAGGGCUCAUCCAGGCUGGUUAUCACCAAAUAGCCCAGAAAGAACAGCUGCUUUUGUAUAGAGCCAAUGCCCAAGAUCCCUGACUAGACCAGCCAUAAGGUGAACAAGGCUGUCAGUGGGAGCCAGAACCAGUCAAGGUCCAAGCAGGACCCAGAACAGGAUUUUGCUUACCACAUACAUUAUCUCCAGAGGUUAAUUCUACCCCCAUGCCCCACUCCCCACUCCAGGCCUGUUGGAGUAGACUGCAAAGCAAAAGCACAGUGACUGUUGAUACACAAUUAUAACCAUCCCUACUAUUAUCCAUCUCAUUGCCAGGUGUACCCUGGGCUAGGCCAGACUAAUCCAGGCUAACCUAUAUUGGCAAUCAGACUCAAAGCACUUUUCUACCUUCUCUUUCCACCCUAUAUCCUACUACCCAAUGAAAGGCAAAGGGUCAGGCUUCUUCUACCAUUGCCUUGACUACUGGACACCAUCAUAGCCCUCUCAGAGCAUCAUGGGGUUCCCACUCAACUCCAUGGAGACUGGCAUUUUCACAUCCACUAGGCACAUGCCACUGAGUGAGACCGAAGUCUCCACGGUGUUAGCAGCCUCCUCCAUGAACCCCGAUGGCCUGCACUUGUACAGUUUGGGUGUUUGAUAAAUAAAGCACGUAUGAGAAGAGAAAACAAAAUAAAUCAACUUUUUUAAAAGCCAGCACUGUGCUGUCAAUGUUCUUCUUUUUUUUUUCCUUUUUUCUUUCCAAUUCUAGCUUAAAAAAGCAGAAGUAAAUAAUGUCAGGUCAAUGAAUAUCAGAUAUAUUUUUUGACGUACAUUACAGUGAAGUGUAAUCUUUUUACACCUGCAAGUCCAUCUUAUUUAUUCUUGUAAAUGUUCCCUGACAAUGUUUGUAAUAUG